AUAUUUGAAAGGAGAAAACCUCAAUGUUCCACACGUGUCAGUUGUGUUUAUUUCCGUUUAGGUUAAGUUUUUGCGUGAGGAGCUGAUCCUAGGGUUAUAAAUGCCUCUGAAGAGAGCUGUGAUUGUGCCGGGAAAUGGAGCAGGGAAUAUUGAGCACUGCAACUGGUAUGGAUGGGCAAAAAAACGAAUAAGCGAGAUUCCAGAAGUGUUAUGCACGCUGAAGAACAUGCCGGAUCCUGUAACUGCCAGAGAGAGCAUCUGGCUGCCGUUCAUGGAGAAGGAUCUGAAAUGUGAUGAAGAAACGGUCAUCAUCGGACACAGUUCAGGAGCUGCUGCAGCCAUGAGGUAUGCAGAAACACACAAAGUUUUUGCCAUUAUUCUGGUAGGUGCGUACACAUCAGAUCUGGGAGAUGAGAGUGAACGUGAAAGUGGAUAUUUCAGCCGGCCAUGGGAAUGGGAAAAGAUAAGAACAAACGUGAAGCACAUACUUCAGUUUGGAUCCACAGACGACCCUUUUCUGCCCUGGGAAGAGCAACAGGAAGUGGCUGAUGGACUUAAGACUGAUUUAUAUAAAUAUUCGGACCGCGGACAUUUCCAGAACACAGUCUUCCCCGAGCUCAUUGACGUAAUAAAAAAACUCAAAACCAACAGCUAAAUACAAAAACAACAAAAAAUGUAAACUUCAUCCUGUGUAUAUUUAAAAUACACUACUGAUAUGCUAUAAGUCAGA